AUGGCCUCGCUUGACCCCCUGUUCUUUUCUCUCUCCUUUCUGAUCCUUCUUACUAUCACCUACACCACCUACUACCUCACUCUCCAGCCCCUCGCCCGCUUCCCAGGCCCUCCCAUCGCCGCCCUCACCAACCUCUGGAAGUUCACCGCAACCUGGAAAGACCACCUCCCACGGUCUUUACACACCUCCCACGCCGACUACAACUCCUCCGUGAUCCGUAUAGGUCCGAACAGUCUGCACUUCAACUCCGCCGAGGCGUUCAUCAAAAUCUACAACUCCGGCUGGAGCAAGUCGUCAUUCUACGAUGGGUUCGGAGCGCCAGGUCCAAGAGGUCUCUUCAACGAGACGGACGAGGCGGCGCAUGGCGUCAAGCGCAAGAUGUUCAUGCCGGCUUUCUCGAUGCGGAGCCUUCGGGAAAUGGAAGGGAGUAUGGAUGUGCGAUAUGGCAUUCUGAGAAAGCAGUUGGAUCGGUUGGCGGAGAGCGGCGAGGUCUUCGAUUUGAAAAAUUACAUCUCCUUCUGCUUGUCGGAUGCUCUUGGCGAGUUGGCCUUUGGCAAAGUUUGGGGAGCGCAAGAGGCUGAAGAUAUCGGCAAGCUUCCGCCGGUGCAGGAGUUUCUUUAUAUGGGCGGUGUAAAGGGGUCGUGGCCGGUGCCUUGGCUGCUGGGCUUGAUUCAGUGGUUUCCGAGCGAGUAUAUCACGAAGCUUCUAAACUCGCUGUCCAAAAUCCAGCACGAAGCUGGCGCUGGUGAGGCACAAGACGACAAUGUGGUGUUGAAUCUUGCUGUCGAGCUGAUCAUCGGCGGAGGGGAUAGCACGGCGAAUGCAGUGUCGACAUUGAUGGCCAAUCUUUCACGGAACCCGACUUUCUUGAGAAGAGCCAUUGAAGAAAUCGAUGCAAAGCUUCCAAUGCUGGGUCCUGAUGAAGCAGCUUUCCAGCAAAAGGAUGUGGAAGCGAGGCUCGACUUCGUUAAUAUGGCGAUUCUCGAGAGCUACCGCAAAGAUCCUGGUGCGAAGUUCGACAUGCCGCGAAUCGUCCCCGAGGGCAGUGUAGAGAUAGAUGGAAAUUACAUCCCUGGAGGCACGAUCGUCUCUGCAAACCUCUAUUCACUAGGCCGCAACCCAGGAAUCUGGGGCAGCGACGUAAACGACUUCAAUCCCGACCGCUGGCACGAGCACCGCAGUCAAUCUUUACGGUCGAUCGUCGCUCCAUUCUCGAUUGGCAAAAGGUCUUGCGUGGGCGAAGACUUCGCCCAUAUGAACGUUCUGAAGAUGGUGACCACUUUGCUCCGAGCUUACGAGUUUGGCUUCGUGAACGCGGAUGAGCACAUGGUGACUGCGAACCAUGGCGGGGACUUUCUGGAAACGCCGAUCAUGGUGAGGGUCAGGAGGCGUGGGCAGGCUUUUGUUGGGGGAGUGUAA